CCCCCUCCUCCUGACGUGCCCGAGUGUCCUCCCUCCUCUCUGCAGAGUCAUCGCCUCCUCCUCUCCGGCCUGAUACACACAGCACAGGCCUGGCACUGUAUAUACACAGGGUCCCAGCAGCAGCACAGGUUAGGGAGCUGACACUCUAUACACACAUCCAGCACAGGCCAGGGAGCUGACACUCUAUAUACACAUCCAGUACAGGCCAGGGAGCUGACACUCUAUACACACAUCCAGCACAGGCCAGGGAGCUGACACUCUAUAUACACAUCCAGUACAGGCCAGGGAGCUGACACUCUAUACGCACAUCCAGUACAGGCCAGGGAGCUGACACUCUACACACACAUCCAGCACAGGCCAGGGAGCUGACACUCAUUACAUAUACUGUACAUACAGCCAGCAGAGCAGAGACCAGAGGACUGGCAUUACUAUAUAUUCGCUCCUGCUUGUAGCAUCGAUUCUGUGCAGCAGGAGUAGAAAUGGCAGAAGCUGAGGUACCUGCAGAUGGAUCUUCCGGAACACCUGUCCCUGACACAUCUUCAACUCCGGAGUCACUCAGCUUCACUGUUGCCAUCAUCGGGCCACAGGGAUCCGGAAAAACCACACUGGCCCAGUCUCUUUGUCACCACACAGAGCAAUUCACACCUAGUUUUUUGGAAUCAUACUUUAAGGGAGAAGAGGGGUCUCAUGACGUCGGGCAAUAUACUUACCCACCUUUGCCCAACGUGAUGAUUCUUGAUUACCAAGGGUACAAAUCUGGUGACUUUUCCACCACAUAUCUAGAAAGCAUUAAACCUGACACUGUGCAGUGUCUUGUGGUAACAUUUGGGGAAUAUAUCACCCCUGCAGACCUGCAGCUUCUGGUGGCCCUGAAACAUUUAGGGAGACCCUUCUGUGUGGCGCAAACUCACCUUGACCUUACUCUACACACAGAAAAAAGACGGCAGGGAAAAAGUUACUGGAGAGGGCAGACACUGCUGGGCCUGAGGGGCAAAACACUGGAGCAACUGGGCGGAACUGGGCUGCAAGAUUCCAGCCUCUUUCUAGUAUCUUGCUUGGAACCCCAGAACUUUGACUUUCCAGGGAUGGUGGAUUACAUUGAGAGGGAGAUUCUACAGUGGAAGAGACCAGGCGGUUACAAUGCGGAACCUCACUGUCAAGAGCUGGUGUCCGUGUUUGAGGUGCAGUGUGAUCAAGAAGGGCUGUCCGAGUUCUGCUCCCUUCUCAGCAUCUUCCUAGACAAUCCCCCUCCUGUUUCUGCUGUGGUGGGUGUGACAGGCAGCGACAAAGAUAAUAUACUGUCUGCCCUCUGUGAACCGCCACUUUCCGGUCUUGUAGUGAGACCCCUCCCUGGCCCUGGUACACCACCGAUGUCUGUGGAAGAUUAUCUGCAGAACUUGCAGUCGGAAGCCUGUGAUGUCUACUUGAUUGUUGGCUCAGGGAUGGACAACAGCUCCCGGGCCACACUCGUGGAAGCCUUGGUUGCAGCUGGCAAACACUGUAUGCUGAUUGGUGGAGAAGGAGACAGAAGACAUAAACAUGAUGUAAAGGGGCAAGUGGAGGGAGGUAAAAAAUGCCAUGUCGGCACUGACCUGCCUGGACUGCGGGUGGCUUUGGAGAAGGGAGGACCUCAGCUCGUGAGAGAGAGACUCCUGCACGCCAUCCCCUCCAUCAUUGUUCAGCUGGUAAGGAGAGAGCGGAGAAGGCUUAUGAUGGGGGUAUAUGAUCUCUGUCUGGAUGUAUGUGCCAAGUCUUCUCAGGGGCUGCUCCCAGAAGCUCUGUCCACCCUCUCCUCUGCCCUCUCUUCAUUCCGCGCACGCUUUGGCUUGGAUGAGGACUCCAUAACGCUGAUCUCCCAAGUGACUGGCUGCAGUGCAGAAGAUUUGCGCUCCGAGGUCCAGUGCACUCUGGCACAGGACCCAAGCUCCGAACAUCUGCUUCACAUGGUAUCCCAACCUCUUUCUCUGUCGGAGAUCGUCUGGAGUUAUAUACCACACUGGGGAGGAGGAGAAGAAGCUCCCACCAGACUGUCUCAAGAGCGCACUUACCGGCUGCUCGUGGAGGCCAUCUGGGCAAUGGCAGAAGACGCGGAGCGGUUGCUGCUUCAUGGGUGUACCAAUCAGAAGGUGGGGAAAGAGAGGACCGCCAUCUGCCAUUGGCCCUGUGUGUGAUUUUGCUGACCAAUCAGCUGUCCAGUGCUCUGGGUCCGUACAGUUGCACCCUUUUACGCUUUAAUGUAUCUGUCUAAGUGGGACGUUGGCACUCCGCUAUAAUCCCAAACAUAACAUAGAGACGCAAAAUGAAAUACAUGCAGUUCUAGGACAGUAGUGCUCAUAGUAUUCUCUAUCUAGAGUAGGCAUAAUAAAAUAGUGCCUGCCUGUCAAGCGUCAAAGAUACUCGUUGUAGUAGAUGCUCAAUGUGUUAUGAAUAUCUGAUGUAUUGCACCUGCAUGGUCUGUAAUAGCAGCUGCAUCUUCUGCAUACAAGCCAAUAUGGUAAUAAAGUGUUGCUAAAUAGAAAGGAGUACAGUUUUUUAGAUGUUGUCCAUAGCAACCAACCAGAUUCUAUCUUUUAUCUUCUAGAAGCAACUAGGUAAAUGUUAAGUAGAAUCUGAUUGGAUGCUAUGAGCAACAUCACCAGUUCUAUAAAAAAAAACUCCCACCUACAGUAAGUAAAUUUACCCCUAUGUGAAUAUUGCAUACCCAAAUUCUAGUUCUUUCCACGGAUCAUCUAACCUGAAUGCAGGCUGUCCCAUAAAUAUCUGUCCGCUCUAGGUUAAUUCAAUUAAGAGAUCCGGGAUAAUGAUAAAACAUACUGGAGUUUGGUGUGGAAAAUGAAAAACAGAAUCCUUUAUUGUGUAGAGGUGGGCUAGUAGACGGGGACAUUAGAACACAAGAUGGCAGUAAAGUUUCAUGCUGAGUCUUAGAAUAGAAUAACCUACACUUGCUGCAGUGCUUACACAGAAAACCUUCUCUUCAGCGCAUCCUAAUUGUUCCUUUAUUAACUUAUUUUUAUUGGCUUGUUGGUUGGAUCCUGAAUGCAUAAGAUGCAUGCAAUUUGCAAGCCCCAUUUUCAGGUGUGUGUGUGUGUUUUCAAUCUCUUGCAUCAUGCGGCUGUGUAAAAAAAAGAAAAGAAUGUUGCACUAGUGGGCGGGGCCUAUUUCUCGUGCACUCACGGUCAGCCACAAGCCGCGGCCUUUGAUCACACACUUGAAGAUAGGGUAUGCAUAAACGUAUGCAAAGUAUACAUGUAUCGGUUGAAAUGGUAACACGCCAAGUUAUGUUUAUGUUGCACGGGAAUGGUGACUUGUUUGCACUAAAUAACUGUAAUUAGCGUAUGAGAAACUGCCCUCUCGGAUGUUACUGUAUACGUUGUUAUAAGUUUAUAAUCCGCGGCCAGUGAUUUCUUGCCACUUGUGUAUAAACAAUAGCUAGAAGAAACUGUUAUAUCUCAAUGUGUCGCAUGUCAUUACAGAGAGCACCGCUAGCUAACAGGUGUGCACAGGUGUGUGCAACGUGGCUGCCUAUUUAUAUUCAUGUUCCGUGUCAUGAUGAUGUAACUAAUAAACAAUCUGCUGUUACACCUGA